ACUACUUCGACCUCGCACUAGCUCGGUUCGUUCAAGUUUUCAAACACCCGAACCCAUUCUCACAGAUAAUCAUUUUAGAUGAGUGCAGCAGCAGUUCGCGUCGCGCAGGUAGUCCGUCCUUUCAGGAAACCUCCAAAAAUUCGCAAAUUCCUCAAACGCGACGAGAAUGGUCUUCCAGUUCCGCACGUCAGGAAUCUCAUCGUCCGCGACACCCACCCAUGUCGUUUCAUGGACCACUACCAUACGACUCUCCAAGACAACUUGAUGUACAUGACUUACAAUCACGAGUCUGGCACUCCACCAUCACCACGCCAAAUCCGUCUCACUUACGACCCCAACGACCCAUACACUAAAAACCGUUAUAACCCUCCCGUCGGUGGUUCCCAGGCAGGCAAGAAGCCGGCUCCUCCGACUACUUCAGAGAAUAUCGUCCGUUUGGAAAAAAUUGUCAUUCAUUCCAUGCUCAAGGAAGCACUCACCAACCGGAGUAAUUUACUUGGUCUCAUCGCUGCAUUCCGCGCAAUGUCGGGAGACACCGAGGGCGGAGGAGGUCGUCCUUCGAGUGAUGGAGUGCAGAUCGUGAAAGGGAAAAAAAAUGUUGGUGGGUGGAUGCGCCCUGGACUUCCAGUGGGUGCAAAGGUCGAGUUGAAGGGACCCAAGAUGUACGACUUCAUGAGCACCUUGGCGGAAUUUGUGCUUCCGAGAAUUCGAGAGUUCCCGGGCAUAGUUAUGCCCCCCGCAUCAUCAACAAUGAAGUCUCCGAGCGGUGUGGCUGGUGUUGUUUCGUUUGGCUUGCCGCCAGAGGCCAUGGGCUACUUCCCCCAAAUCGAGGUCAACUUGGACUCGUACCCCAAAUCUUACGGUAUGCACAUACACUUUGUCACCAAUGCAGUGGGCCUCGGUGCACAAAAUCGUGCAAGGGCACUGGUCUCUGGUUUCCAAAUACCCUUUGCUCGCAAGUAGAUUACUUAUUACAUUGUUAAUCGGAUUUGUUUGUUCUCUGCAUGUCAUUAGUGAGAGAUAUAUGGUAUGUGCAAACGAGAGUACU